CUAAAAAAUCCCGAGCCCUUUAUUGUCCAACCGGUUCUUUCCCGCCACCGACCUCACAAAGCAUAAAAAAGGCAAACGAGUCAUCGAAUUUAUGCCCACAGCUCAUGCCUACUACUCAGUGAUUGGACUCAAACUCACUCACAGCUGUAUAGAAUCAGACAGUCUUGAGAAAUAAAAACCUCCCAUAUCCAACAUCCAUGCAUUAAGUAUAACAGCACAUUAGUGUUUGGUGCGUACGUUGUUUACUUGGAAACAAAGUACAGUCACAAGUUUUCAUGGUUUCUAUUUUAGGUAGUUUUUUACUUGCAGGUUAAUUUACUUUGCCUUCCUUGCGUGUCGCUGACUCGGCCCUUUCAAUAACCAAUACUACUUCGAUUUGAUUUUUGUGUGGACACAGAGAAGAGAGAAGAGAGGGUUAUAGAGAGAUAAAUAGUGGGUUUCUCUUAAUCUCUCUAAAAGCUUGAUUAGUAUUGUGUUUUUCUGAAAGUUCUUUUCUGGGUGUUGAAGAGUUUCUAGAAUUGAAGAGAAUGGGGAGUGAAUCCGUGGCACAAUCAGAUUUUCUUGAAUUUGGAGAUACAGAAGCAUCUUUGAUGGAGAUUGGUUCUGGGAAUUAUGGAUGCUCACAUUAUAGGAGGAGAUGCAAGAUUAGAGCACCUUGUUGCAAUGAAAUCUUUGAUUGCAGGCAUUGUCAUAAUGAUGCUAAGAAUGGGUUGGAAACUAACCCACUUGAUCGACAUGAUAUUCCUCGCCAUGAAGUCACAAAGGUUAUUUGUUCACUCUGUGACACCGAACAAGAUGUUAAGCAAAAUUGCAUAAACUGUGGAGUUUGCAUGGGGAAAUACUACUGUUCUAAGUGCAAGUUCUUCGAUGAUGAUGUUUCAAAAAAUCAAUACCAUUGUGAUGAGUGUGGAAUAUGCAGAACUGGAGGAAAGGAAAAUUUCUUCCAUUGCAACAAAUGUGGUUGUUGUUAUUCAAUGUUAAUGAAGGAUGCACACCGUUGUGUUGAAAGGGCUAUGCACCAUAAUUGCCCUGUUUGUUUUGAGUUUCUAUUUGACACUAUGAGAGAUAUCACUGUGUUGCCUUGUGGACACACAAUACAUUUGGAAUGCUUGAAAGAGAUGGAACAACAUUACCGGUAUUCAUGCCCAGUUUGCUCCAAGUCCAUAUGUGAUAUGACAAGAUUGUGGAAAAAGCUUGAUCAAGAGAUUGCUGCAACUCCGAUGCCCCAAACGUACCAGAAUAAAAUGGUGUGGAUUCUCUGCAAUGAUUGCGGAGCAAAUUCCCAUGUCCAAUUCCACAUUGUGGCACAUAAAUGCUUGAGAUGCAACUCAUACAAUACCAGACAGACACGAGGAGGCCCUGCUGCAUCAUGCUCAUCAGAAGUAGGCAUUGAGAUUAAAUGAAGUUACCAUUCUUUUGCAUGGUUAGUGUCACUAACAUGCCAACAGGGAAGGAAAGUUAUUCUUGUUUAACGUUGUUAAUCCAUCUACAUUGUAUCAGUAAAAGGAUCUUUCUAGUUACAAUUCCUCACAGGAAAUGGCAAAAUUUUGAUAUGUCAUGGAGGUUUAUCUGGGUUUUCUUGUACACAAAUGGGCUGGUAAUCAGUCACUAAUCAUUUUACUCUUCCA